UGGAAACAAUACAAACAUUUCAUUGAAAAGUGAAUUGAAAUCAAUAUCAAACAAUUUAAGCAACGAAAAUAUCGCUUCAAAAUGAUUCGAUUUACACUCAUUAUUGUUGGCAUCGUUAGCAUUUUGAAUGUGACAUUGGCUGCAAACGAAAAUAUUACAGUCGAACAAAUCUACGAUAUGGCAUCGAAUAUCCUGAAUGCAACCGAUAAAUGGCAAGAAGAUCUAAAGAAUUAUUCGGUUGAAGGACGCAGUUCGAAAUUCUUCCCAUUCGGAUUGUUACCAUUUCAUGCGUUGUGGGGAUUUGGUGGUUUGCAUGCAUUGGCUAUUUUGUUUGCCAUCAAAUUUAAAAUCAUAAUUGUCGCUUCGAUUGUUGCCUUUGGUGUGUAUUACUAUACAAAAUUUGUGGCAGCCAAAAAGUGCCAUGGUGAUCAUUACCGCGAAGGUGCAAUCCAUCCAAUUCAUGAUACCACAUAUGGUGGUUCAACGUUUUUUAGCAGUCCAAUCACAUCGUACUCAAGCCCAAAUGAUAUUUUGAGCCACAUCUCUUACGAUCCAUACAGCGGAUAUCAUGACUCAACCAUUCAUUCGGAUAUUCCAUCGUAUGCAUACGACCAUCACCACGAACAUGAUUUCCAUGACCAUCAUCACGACGAGAAUCACUCGCAUGAUUUUGAUCACUUUGGCCACUUCCAAGAUCAAUCACCACAGGGCGUUUCCUCUCCGGGAAGCGAUGCCCCACCAUCGCCGUCAUCAUCGGCAUCGCCCAGUGAUUCACCGGCAAUGUCACCCACUUACCGUCGCGUUGGAAAACAUCGCCGAAGACGCGCUGUUAAACCACAAGUCGACUUCAUUGACAUUGGAGAAUUGGCAUUCCGAUUUCUAGGUGUUGAUACCGAUGGCUGCCGAAAGCGUUUUGUCUGUGAACUCGAUUUCCGUGCUCAAACCAACCCAAUCACACGACUGGCAUUUUCAUUCAUCGGGCGUAAUUUCUUCGAACGCUAUCGUGUAUUGGAUGAGAAUGUUGCGAAGCCACAAAAGUUUUCCGAAUGCGCCAAAGUGUUCAACGAUUGCGAAGAUGCUGAAAAAUACAAUGAAGCAGAAGAUGACGACAGCGACGAUGAUAAUGUGGAAAAAAAUGAAGAGAAAGUGGAAGAAAGCACUCAAAAUGAAGAAAGCACUGAAAAAUCCGACGCAUCCAUCGGCCAAGGAGAGAACGUUGAACAAGAACGUGCUGGUGAUUCACAGGAUGAACAGCCAAAAGAAUCCAAUAGCAUAAACAUCAUUCGUCGCAAGCGAACACACAUACCAAUCCGUAAUUUCAUCGUGAAUCGACGAAUUGCUAUGCAAAAAUCCGGUUAAUUUUAACUCAUAAUAUUUAUUUGUAUCGAAUUUAUUUAUUUUAUUUAUUUAUUGCAUUUGAAUUGUCUAGAUCAAGGUAAUUUUUACUUAAUUAUUUGCUUAAGGAUUUUCUAUGUAAAAUAUAUGUCUCGGGUUUAAUUAUUGCAAAGAAGAAAAAAAAUACAAACAAAAAUGCUGUCUAAUAAAUCGAAUUUGGUGAUUAAAUGGUUCACCAAAAAAAAAAGACACAUCACUGAUUUUAUUACUUUAAUAUUCGGAAAAUAUUCGAUAGAGAAAA